UUCCUCCCUCCUCGCAGCGCCCCCCCCCCCCCCCCCCCCCCCCCACCCCCCCCCCCCCCCGCCCCCCCCCCCGCCCCCCCCCCCCCCCCGCCAGCAGGCUACUCUACGCACGCGCACUUCCGUCUCUACGGUGAGCGCGAGGCGGCGGCUGGGCACCGCCAUUUUGGCCGGCGGCCGCAGGAACACGUUGUGCGGCCCACAGCCUGAGGCCGGAUCCUAGGUCGUGGCUGCCGCCGCCCUCCCCGCUCCCGGGGCGGUCGUUUUCUUCCAGAAGACCUGGGUUCCUGCUUCUCUUGCUUACAGAGUCAUCUUUCUUGCUGUAUUGUAAGCCUGCAUUGACGAAUAUGGCAGACAAAUUAACAAGAAUUGCUAUUGUCAAUCAUGACAAAUGUAAGCCAAAGAAAUGCCGACAAGAGUGCAAAAAGAGCUGUCCAGUAGUGCGAAUGGGAAAACUAUGCAUAGAGGUUACACCACAGAGCAAAAUCGCAUGGAUUUCUGAAACACUUUGCAUUGGUUGUGGUAUAUGUAUUAAGAAAUGCCCUUUUGGCGCUUUGUCAAUCGUCAAUUUACCUAGCAACCUAGAAAAGGAAACAACGCAUCGAUAUUGUGCCAAUGCCUUCAAACUUCACAGGUUGCCUAUCCCUCGUCCAGGUGAAGUUUUGGGAUUAGUUGGAACUAAUGGUAUUGGAAAAUCAACUGCCUUGAAAAUUUUAGCAGGAAAGCAAAAACCAAACCUUGGAAAAUAUGAUGAUCCACCAGAUUGGCAAGAAAUCUUGACUUAUUUUCGAGGAUCUGAGUUGCAAAACUAUUUUACCAAGAUUCUAGAAGAUGAUCUAAAAGCGAUUAUCAAGCCUCAAUAUGUGGACCAGAUUCCCAAAGCUGCAAAGGGCACUGUGGGUUCUAUUUUAGACCGGAAGGAUGAAACAAAGACACAAGCUAUUGUGUGUCAGCAGCUUGACUUAACCCAUCUCAAAGAACGAAAUGUUGAGGACCUCUCCGGAGGAGAGUUGCAAAGAUUUGCUUGUGCUGUUGUUUGCAUACAGAAAGCAGAUAUUUUCAUGUUUGAUGAACCUUCUAGCUACCUAGAUGUUAAGCAGCGGCUAAAGGCUGCCAUUACUAUACGAUCACUAAUAAAUCCUGAUAGAUAUAUCAUUGUUGUGGAGCACGACCUAAGUGUUUUAGAUUAUCUCUCUGACUUCAUCUGCUGUUUAUAUGGAGUGCCAAGUGCUUAUGGUGUUGUUACUAUGCCUUUUAGUGUAAGAGAAGGUAUAAAUAUUUUCUUAGAUGGUUACGUUCCUACAGAAAACUUAAGAUUUAGAGAUGCAUCACUGGUUUUUAAAGUGGCUGAGACAGCAAAUGAGGAAGAAGUGAAAAAGAUGUGUAUGUAUAAAUAUCCAGGAAUGAAGAAAAAGAUGGGCGAAUUUGAGCUUGCAAUCAUUGCCGGAGAAUUCACAGACUCUGAAAUCAUGGUGAUGCUAGGAGAAAAUGGUACUGGUAAAACUACAUUCAUCAGAAUGCUUGCUGGCCGACUUAAACCUGAUGAAGGAGGGGAGGUACCAGUUCUAAAUGUCAGCUAUAAGCCACAGAAGAUCAGUCCCAAAUCAACAGGAAGUGUACGCCAGUUACUACAUGAGAAGAUACGAGAUGCUUAUACUCACCCACAGUUUGUCACUGAUGUAAUGAAACCUUUGCAGAUUGAAAACAUCAUAGAUCAAGAGGUGCAGACAUUAUCUGGUGGUGAGUUACAACGAGUUGCUUUAGCUCUUUGUCUGGGCAAACCUGCUGAUGUCUAUUUAAUUGAUGAACCAUCUGCAUACUUGGAUUCUGAGCAGCGUCUAAUGGCAGCCAGAGUUGUCAAACGUUUCAUUCUCCAUGCAAAAAAGACAGCCUUUGUGGUAGAACAUGACUUUAUCAUGGCCACCUAUCUAGCGGAUCGGGUCAUCGUUUUUGAUGGCAUUCCAUCUAAGAACACACUCGCAAACAGUCCUCAAACCCUUUUGGCUGGUAUGAAUAAAUUUUUGUCUCAGCUUGAAAUUACUUUCAGAAGAGAUCCAAACAACUACAGGCCAAGAAUAAAUAAACUUAAUUCAAUCAAGGAUGUUGAACAAAAGAAGAGUGGAAACUACUUUUUCCUGGAUGAUUAAGCUGACUAAGAAUAUUGAUAAUACAUUUCUACAACUAAAUAUAAUCAGAAUUUUUGGUGUAUAAAACUUUAAUCAGGUUUUAGAAUGCCCCGCAUAAUCUGGAGUUUGAAAUAUGAUUUACUUUAUCUAACAUCAGAAACUAGUAGCGUUGUAUAUUAUUAUACUCUAAACAUCAGACACUACCACUUUUCUGUACUCAUUGACAAAGCCAUUCUUUGUGUAAUGCUCUAAGAUGAAGACAUUUCAAGUUAUAUGAAUUACCUCCAGAUUUUCAAAACUUAUGGGGAGAUUUCAGUAUAAGUGUAAUUUAUUCAUGUACCAAAUGCUGACCAGUGUUUCCAAUUUUAAAAAUCUUUAAGAACUGUUUUCUGUACAAUAUGGUUUACCCACGUAUGUCAAGAUAUAGAAGCUGCUCUUAUUUUAAAAAGCCAGUCAAAGACUCUUAAGGUGAGGAUUUGAUAAAUAAACAUCCAUCAGAAGUAUAGAGCAUGUCUUGUCUUCACUGAAUACAGUUAAUAUAUACCUUAAUAACUUCCAGGGAAGAAUAAUAUGGGGGCGGGGGAAAACACUGCUGGAAAAUAGGUCAGUUGUUUAUCAAUCCAUAUAUUGUUUACUAAAACUUUUCUGGUGAGACUUUUAUAAUUUGAUUGGCAUUUAUCCAAAAAACAAACAAACAAACCCUGUAAAGCAAAAUCAUCUUGAAUCCAAAAAUCAAAUGCAUAGCAACUUUUCUGCUAAAUAAUAUGUGCCAUUCUGUUAAAUUUUUUUUUUAAGCUGAAUUCAUAUGUUACAAAUUCAUGAUAGAUGACUGAUACAUCCUACCUUUAUCAGUGGCUUAGCUUUCUCAUGCUUCAGACUUACCUCCUUGGGCUGCCUGCAGUAUUCCUUUCUCCAAAAUCAUAACAUGACCCAGCCUUCCACUUCACUAAGAAAAAAUGAAGCCAUUUCCGAAAAUGUCCUUAGAUAAUCCCUAUCCUUCAUUUCAAAAAAUCCCUCAAUAUUUUCACUUCCUGACUUCCUUCUGCUAGUAAGUAUGCUUACUCAGUAAAGCUAAUCUUAUCUGCCCUGCUGAUCCUUGCUAGUCUCUCCUGCAGCCUCUAAAACUUUUGCUUUUGGCACCCUUUCUCUAGUAUAUUUUCAUCAUUCCAUCUACCAAUAAUAUUGCCUUAAAAAAAGACUUUCCCUUCAGUCAUCUAGCUUACUUGCCUACCAUUCUGUCUCCUCUUCACUGCUAAAUGUUAACUUGACCAUAAGCAUUACAUGUCAUUUUAUUUGAUGUUUUCACUAAUUUUGGUAGACUUUUUUUUCCUUUUUUUUUAUUUGUUGAAUGAAUAAAAAGUCAUUUAUGAAGCUGUAACGAAAUGCCUGGUAGUGUGCUAAGUGCUUCGGGGGUCCUACCUCCAAGAAAAUUGGGGGAUGUUUUAGUUUUGAAAGUCAGAUAUGAUGAGUGGAAGCAUAAGAUAAUCAAGCAUCAUCAUGCCUUUUCUAGAAGCAAUGGUUAUGUUGAUCUUAUUGUUGCUAGAGGAACAUGUAAACGGGGAAAAUAUGGCCACAAUAGGAACUUAUCCCACUGACAUAUGCUGAAUGAAUGGGACAGCUACCCUGAACUACACAAAGUGCCUUUUGUUGUAAGGGAUAGUUUUCUGGAACAGAGCAGGAAUAUGCUGAUAAACGUGGAGGAUGUAAGAGCAAAAAUUUUAAGGCACUAAUAAGUAAGUCUUUGGGAGAAACUCAUUUAUUUUACCCAAUAUCUUUUAUUUUCUUAUUACUUUCUCUCCCUUAUAUAAGCACCUUAUGACUUGGGCUGCCUGUCUACUUUUCCCUAAGGUUAUCAGUGACCUAAUGACCAAAUCAAAUGGCAAUCCUUAAUUCUUGUCCUUUACAGUUUAAUUCUGUUUGCCCAUAAGACAAAUGUUCUUCCAUCAACAUCAGAGACACCACAUAUUCCUGCUUGUUUUCCAAUUGCUCAUCUCUCAACUUAACCUCUUCCCAACCUCUCAUUUGGGUAUUUGAAAGUUUGUCUUUGGCCCCUUUCUCCUCAGCAGUCUCCUUGUGAUAGUAGUGCUCUGGAGAUUUUGUGGUCACUUGACUGAAUUGCAUUUCUAACUACCCCACUAUCAGGUGUGGUGUGGUCCUAACUAAGUUCCAUCCCUUCUACAGACCUCCUUUUUCCCAGUUGUAAAAUGAAAGUGGAACUAGACAGGUGAUCUACAAAAAUAUCCCAAACUUGUAUUUCUCAUUCCUCUGAGUUCAAUUUGCAAUUCCAUCUUCAUUCAGGAAAAUCACCUUGUCACCUUGGACUUGAGUGUGGGAAAUUAAGUCUAACACCUUUCUUCCUAUCCUUGUCUUUCAUUCUGUGAUUGUUGAGCCACUGUUCUCAUUUCCAUCUCUCUGAAAUUCCUCCUUUCUCUUCUGUACACUAGUGCAGAGUUGCCUGGAUUCUGGUAUCACCAGGAUGGUCUUUCUUAGGAAUAGUUAAGCAUAUCACUACACCAAAAUAUUCAAUACCUUAUCACUUCCUGAGUAAAAUUCAAGCUUCUGCCCAGCUUUAAAAGCCCAAGAUUUUGGUACCACCCUAUCUUUUCCAGAUUUAUUUGCUUUUACCACCUCUAUAUUCCUUUAACGUACCUUGGACUGGGCUCUUAUCUCUCUAGUUGCCUUAGACAUUCUUUCAAAGGCAACUCAAAAUCCCUUCACGUGUUAAUUGUUAAGGGGAAAAAAAAAAAA